GGGAGGAGGGGAGACAGAUGGAAGAGAAGUGUAGUUCAUGGGAAAAGCUACAACGUGGAUAUGUGUGUGAGGCAGCGGCUCUGGGAUACAGAGGAAUAGAGGAGAGAGCACGAGAUGCUGACAGAUUCCUGAUAGAUGUGCAAAAUGGCGCAAGCAAGUUCUACCCCUGCGAGCCACCAAUUGUUGUAGCUCAGAACAUGAAGAGCUAGCCGUAUGUCUGUUUUCUUCUGAUCGCCUCACGUUGUUUUUUCAAGUAUCGUAAUAUAUUUCAAAGUGAUUAAAUGGCUACCAGAAGGCUCUGCCUUGUUCCAUGCAUUUUUGGAUUACUCCUCAACGCUUUAGUCGGUGUGACAUCGGGAGCAGAGCUCUCCUUCACCCUGGAGCCCAGUGACAUCAUCGCGGUGCAGGAGCAGCCCCUAAUGCUGCACUGUCAGGUGGACGGUAUCCCACCAAUCACCACGCAGUGGAGGAGGAAUGGAAUCCUCCUGGUGGAUGACCAAUACUACACCAUGUUCCACAACGGCACUCUGCUGAUUGGACGCUUCCAGAGGACCAAGUCUGACGGCUCAACUGAUGAAGGGGAUUAUGAGUGCGUGGGCCAGAACUCCUUUGGUCUGGUGGUGAGCCGCAGGGCCAGGGUGCAGGCCGCCACGAUGGCAGAGUUCCAUGUCCAGCCGCGGUCGGUGCGUGCGGAGGAGGCGGGCGUUGGGCGGUUCCAGUGCCAGAUUCAUGGCCUGCCUGAGCCUGCCAUCAGCUGGGAGAAAGAUGGCCGCUCCGUGGACACUAAGGAUGAGAGGUAUACCCUGCUCCCCACUGGUGUUCUGCAGAUCACUGGUCUGCGUCAGGAGGAUAGUGGUGUGUUCUGCUGUGUGGCCCACAACAGUGCAGGAGUAAAGCACAGUGCCGGGGCUCGCCUCACCGUCUCAGUCUCCCAGUCUUCUGUUUACAAAGAGCCCAUGAUCCUCGUGGGUCCUGAAAACCUCACUCUCACCGUUCACCAGACGGCCAUCUUGGAAUGUGUUGCUACAGGAUAUCCCCGCCCCAUCGUGUCAUGGAGCAGGCUUGAUGGCCGUCCGAUAGGUGUGGAGGGCAUCCAAGUGCUGGGUACAGGGAACCUGAUGAUCACAGAUGUCGGGGUCCAGCACUCUGGCGUCUACGUCUGCGCUGCCAACAAACCAGGGACCCGUGUACGCAGAACCGCUCAGGGACGUCUGGUGGUCCAAGCCCCAGCAGAGUUUGUGCAGCCUCCCCAGUCCAUCUCCCGGCCGGUGGGCACCACUGCUAUCUUCACCUGCCAGGCGCAGGGUGACCCUGUGCCAAAGCUCACCUGGCUGAAGAACGGCCAGAUCCUGGAGCCUGGAGGGCACGUCAAACUCAGGAACAACAACACCACGCUGACCAUCUAUGGCAUCAGUCAGGAGGACGAAGCCAUCUACCAGUGCAUCGCUGAGAACAGUGCCGGCUCCACCCAGGCCAGUGCCCGUCUCACCGUGCUGUGGGCAGACGGCCUGCCAGGGAUGCCCAGUGUGGUGCGGGCCGAGGCCCUCUCACCCAACGCCAUCCAGGUGUCCUGGAAGGAGUCUGCCCAGGACACUCAGGAGAUUAUCGGCUACGUGCUCCACAUCCGCAGGACCACAGACCCUGUGGAGAUGGAGUACCAGGAAGCCGUCAGUAAGGUGACUCUACAGCAGGUCGUGGGUGAUCUGGAGCCCUCCACCGGCUAUACCUUCUAUGUGAAGGCCUACACGUCCCGCGGAGCCAGCAAGCCCUCCGAGAGUGCCACCGAGAGCACACUCGGCGAAGUGCCAGCACCCCCGUCACUGUUCAUUAAAUUGGUGAACAGCAGUGUGGUGCAGGCCGUGUGGGAGCCAUCCUCUAAGAUGGGCCAACAUGAGGGCUUCAGGCUGUACUACAGGAGGGUCCACACCCCCCUCUUCACCGGACCACUCACCUUCACCCGCAACGUCACCCAGUACAACAUCACCCAGCUGGAUCCAACCCUGGUGUAUGAGAUUAAGGUUCUGGCCUUCAACCAACACGGAGACGGCAACGCCACCAUGCGCUUCGUCUCACUGAAGGAGGCUGUGGAGAAAUCAGUGCUGAACACCCCCUGUGACUGUGUGAAGGAUGAACAGAGCAAGACCUCUACAGCCGGCAUCAUCAUCGGCAUCCAUAUAGGAGUCACCUGCAUCGUUUUCUGCGUGCUCUUCCUCAUGUUCAGCUACAGGGGGAGGUUGAUGACGUGUAAGACAGUGCAGGCCACCCCCCAGGCCGGGCGUAACAUUUCCCUAGAAUCGUCGUCCUCCUCCCAGGGGGCCCUGGCCUUAAACGGGGUGAGCAGGUCAGGCAUGGAAGGGAACGGAACGGUUGCUGGGAAGAGCAGGGGAGACAGCAACGAGCUGGAGAGACUCUUCUCAGGCCCGUCCCACUGUGGAGACCUAGCAGACAGUUCACGCAUGUUGGAUAGGUCCCGGGUGUCCUGUGCGCUGAACGAGACCCAGUUGUCCACUCUGCCGUUGGAUGACUUCAGCCUUGUGGAGGAGGACAGAGAGGCGCAGUUCCAGAGGCCUCCAGCAGAGGGCCGGGGGGCCAGUGACAGGGCUGUGGCCGGGGUCACCCAGCAGGACCAGACCUGAUGGAAACAUGAAGGUCAAGUCUGUGCCACGGUCACAGUGUCACCUCAGACUCGUAUCACACUCAGGUCGACCGAAGCAUUUCCUUUCAUAUUCGUUUUUUCUUGUAUUAUUGUAUUAUUGGUAAGUUAAAUAAGUCGCUUUCUGGAAAAGUUAUAGGGUCUUGGACUCGUUCUUGGAGGUGUCCCCGGCCUAGGUUUUUGGUGCGCUUUUGUGAUGGACGGCUAGAUUUUAGCUUUGGCAGGUGAAUGAUGUGUUCUUGUUUUUUUUUACUUCCUUCAUUUUCUGGUUGCCGGCAGCACACAGAAUAGAUGUCCAGAAUGUCUUUGUUAUACACUCGUCAUUUUAUCUCAGAAUCAAAUAUGUUUUUAUUUCUCUACUAUCUCACAAAAAGGUUUUAAGUUAUUGGCCUUAUUUCUACUUUUUCUUUCAAUGUCAAAGACUGCUGCCUCCUCUUAGCCUAGCAAGGAUUCCACAAACGCAUCCAACGAAGACUAAGGCCUUCUUCCAGUGAUUUCAUAUAUUCUCUGUCUCAGGACUUUUAUUUUCAGUGAUAUCGUUUUUUUUGUUUUUUUUUAUUAGUUCUCGGCCUUCAUACAGGUUCUUAACUUGGCUCUGUGAACCUUAGGAUUCAACAAAAACCUACCUCAGCCGGAAUGAAUGUGACGUGGGAAACCUUUUGGAUCCGUCUUUUCCCCCUGCGUUCAGUUACUUUUACAUGUAGAGCGAUCGGUUCGUAAAACACGAGAACAGGUGCCACGCUACCUCAGAUGUCAAGAACCGCCGCUCUCCUGCUUGUCGAAAGCCGGAAAAAGGAGAGAGAAAAAAUCAAACGGAAAAGCACUUCAAGAAAACGCUGAAGUCCACGUUCUACCUCAAGAUAACAAUGUUGUAGUUGUUCUUUCUUUCAUAAUGAAACAUGUACUUCUGUUGUGAGAGCUCCUGGCUUCCCUCUGUCGAUGAAUUGCUGUUUGUGGAUAUGUCAGUACCUCAUGCAAGUUGACAGAUGAUAUUGUUGUAUGUAUUCUACUUGUAAAGACAUUUUUCAGCGUUUUCCAUCGUGUUUGUCUGAGAUAUUUUGUCUUUGUUUUAUUUGAAUCUUAGUUGCUUCUGUUGAUUGAAAAGACUGUUAGCGAUGCACUGCACUGCCACUAAUCAUUUCAGGACAGUUUUACUGCUAUGUGAGAACUGCUGCAGAUAUUCCAUUGGGCAGGUGAGGUUUUAGUUACAUUUACACUCGAUUGAGACAUACAUAAUAUGUGUAUUUAUGAAUGAUUGCGUGAUGGAACUGUAUGUGUGCGCGCGUGCGUACUUGUCUGCCUGCCUGCGUUUGUGCGCUAGAUACCGAGUGAAUGUGAUGUAUUAAGAAAAUCAAGCACAAAUGUAUCACAAUGUCAUUCUAGGCAUUGACAACCACAAAUGUUAAUGUAUCUGAUAUGAUACCAGGUAAUUGGCUCUUUAAUUGACCAUAGAGUCGUUCUAAUCUGAUUUUUGGCCUGCCUGUCACUCACUCGAAGCUGUGGCACAGUGCACUCCUUUCUUAUAUUUAAUCAGGGCUCAAAACAAUUCCCUUCUGUCAUAAAGGAAUAGUCCAGACUUAUCGAAGCCUGUCCAUCCCAGAUCCCUCACUCCAUCCCUCCUCCACACUGACAAUUGAAAGUGCUUCAGGAAAACCUUUAUCACACUGCUGCAUGUAAAUCCAGAGGGAGAUGGUUUAACAGGUGGACCACAGGUAUUAACUCACAGGUCUGAGUUCAGUGUGCUCAUGCUGUCAUCUUCCUGAGCAAACACACACUUGAUGUUAUUAGACUUGGAUCUGAUCCAGGGUCAGAUCUGGGAGUGCCACCACCACUGCUCCACCUGUUCCUCCAGAACCAUGCUCUCUGGAGCUGGAGCUUCCCUGAGGCAGAGCCAACCUGAGCCAGGCCAAUACUCUUACGGUAGCCUGGGUUAGGGCCGCUGUCCGACGGACCCCCUGUCUUCUCACUGGCUCUCUCUUCUGUAGAGAUAGAUCCCCUAUGAACUCUAUGCUCUCUACUGUGUCUCAGUCACGUAAUGGCCUAAAGCAGUAUUACUCUGGUACCUACCUCAACCCCGACACGACAGGCCUGCUCUCAGGUUGCUCCUUCUCACACUUCUAUAUGUGCAUAAAUAUACACCACACACACACACACACACACAAAUGUAAUGACACACACACUCCUAGGGAAGGGAGGAUGUCUUCAGGGCCUUGUGGUAGUGCAGUUGUGUGACAGAAAAACAGUUGUUUUUGUCUUUAUGCUUAGCUUUUGUGGAUGUGAAUGUAUCACAAUUGUUUUUAUUACAUUUUUGUUGUAUCAGAAGCUUUUAUGUUUUUGUUUUUCCACUCAGCCUUGAAUGUCUUUGAACAUGUGUCUGUUAUGGACUAAUAAACGAGGACAUCAAGCACUCACUGCAAACUGUAGUAUAGCUACUCACUGCAGACUAGUACAGCUACUCAGUAUAAACUGUAGUACAGCUACUCACUGCAGACUGUAGUACAGCUACUCAGUAUAAACUGUAGUACAGCUACUCACUGCAGACUUGUACAGCUACUCAGUAUAAACUGUAGUACAGCUACUCACUGCAGACUGUCGUACAGCUACUCAGUAUAAACUGUAGUACAGCUACUCACUGCAGACUGUAGUACAGCUACUCACUGCAGACUGUCGUACAGCUACUCAGUAUAAACUGUAGUACGGCUACUCAGUAUAAACUGUAGUACAGCUACUCACUGCAGACUGUAGUACAGCUACUCAGUAUAAACUGUAGUACAGCUACUCAGUAUAAACUGUAGUACAGCUACUCAGUAUAAACUGUAGUACGGCUACUACUCUUUUACUCCCAGAACCCUCCUCACAGAUGAUGUGCAGCAACAGGUGUUUGUAAAUACAGAUAAUGAACAGUCACCAGUUCUCAUCCCUGAUUUAUUGCAAGGGAUUUCUGCACUCAAAUUGUGUCAAUAGAUGGAGUAACUCCAUUAGAUAUGAAAUACUGUACCUUUCAUAUAAAACCUCUCCUGUAAAGACACACACAUAUUCCUACCUUCCUAGGCUGCAGUCAUCGAUUGAAUUGUAGUCAUUUGUUGGUCCAAUAUGUUUGAGUUAGAUCGUUUAGAGCAGCCAGUGCUCUCAUCCCUUUUGUAGUUGGCUGAUUAGAGGAAGUGUGUGCAGCGCUUGGUCCAUUCUAGAUUUGAUAUGGUAGCGACACAAGCCUGAAACGGACUGCUUAAAUAAAUGGGACGCCUGUGUUAAAGCCGGUGCUGUAGAACUGUGUUUCUGUUAGACUAUCUAUUGUACAGUUGUAAUGCACAUUUACAUUCCAGAGACUGUGUGUCAGUGUGUGCUCCUCCGGCAGAGGGUUUUUAUUGUACGAUGCAGUAGAAGUCGUUGUUGUUAAUGCUUUGCAUUGUUGCUGAAAAAGUGGAACCAGAACUCGUCUGCAGUAAUUCUGUACGUUGUGUUUGGUUGUUUCUUCACCGUGCGUUUCUUUUAUUGUCUCGCGGGUCUUCAUUUCUUGUAUUGUUAUUGUACAUGAUGGUAGAUUUACAUUGCAAGUCUUAGUAAACAAUAACGAUAGUUGUCAAACUAGCAGAAAGAAAUGCCUCAAUGUUACACGCGUGUAUGUAUGAACUGUUGAUGUAAUGUUCUCUCUAGUGCUUUUUUAAAAGCGUAAAAUAUGUUUGUGAGGAGGGGUCUCUCCAGAGAAACCAGAGGUACUUUUUCUUAAUAAUUUACGGUUAAUUUCCGAUGCUGGAAAUUGCCCACAUCUCAUCCAUGAUUUGACAGGUUUUAGUGCCAUACAGUGCACAACUUAUUUACCCUUCACCCAGAAUGCCGAGCUGUAAAAUGAGGCGUCAUGUUUACAUGAUUGAUACGAUCAUGAUUCUCCCAGUGCUUUUACACUCCUAUAGAUCAAUGUUAAGAGCUGCCCUCUGUGAUCAACUGCUGAAGCUGCUCUAGUCUAUUCUGACUUAUUACCACUCCAUUGGCUGGUGAGAUGAGAUUCUCCCGCUAUCUAUUGUCAGCCCUGCUUCUUCCUCUCGUGAGAUUCCCAUCCGCUGAGUUUGUUUCUCUGGACAAAGAGAGAGUGGGCUGACUGUGCUCAGGGAACGUCUAUCUAAUCCUUAUGUUGUAUUCGCCACAGCGGAACAUGGACUGGGCGCUCCACUAUGAGAGUCCAUGUCAUUUAGUACAAUCUUCCUCUCACAGUGCUCUGACUGUGCCCUAUUCAACCAGUUUAGGGGGAGGGACUGCCUUUUUUUGUUUAUCGACUAGGCAAAUAAUCAAGGGGAUAAUCUGUCCACUGUCACACAUACUGAGCAGAUAAUGGUAAUCCUCCAUGCAUGAAGAUGUGUAGCCUCAGUGAGCCACGUAUAUAGGGAUUCAUGAAUGAAGUUCACAACCGCUCUUCUUAGUACGGUUUUGUCUCCUUUUGUCUGUCUUCCUUGCCCCUCUCUGUAAUGCCACCUCUCCCUACACACACACACAAGCGACACACACACAUCUUUGUAAAGAAAGGAGUGUUUGUCAGAAUUACCCCAGUGCCCCAGCUCUCCCCAGAGAGAAUCAGGGGAGAGACAUUAGCUGGUUUAUCUCUGGCCACACAAGGCUAUUGAGAACUGGAGAGUAAACACAUCAAACUGGGACUCUGUAAAACAAACAUUUUUUUCUGUGUGACAAUAAUGUUACCAUUUCAGCUUUUUAAGCCUCUUCAUGAAAGGGAUUAAAUGUUCAACCGUUUUCUCUGUUCUCUAACCCAGCCAUGGAAGGCGAGGGGAAACUCUGAAACUACUGCUGGCCAUGUUAUUUUCCUCUUUUUUGUUUCUUUCUGUUUUUGCAGAUGCUAUACAUGCUAAUUAGGACUCCUGACAAGUUAGGAACUCUCUUAACUGGCAGUUGCUGACCAGUGGCCACAAAGGAAAUAGUCAAGUAUCUACCAAAACUAAUAUAGACACUUGCACAAUAUUGUAGAAGUGAUUGUUUGAAUUUUAGAUCAAGUUACUGUAGGAGUAGGUACUCACGGUAUGCCACACUGGCCUGACAUCUUAAAACGACGAAGGUAACCCUCUCCCCAAACUGGUUUGUGCUUAGAGUUAGUAUCUUAGUAAGAUUUGUUGCAACAUGUCUGUGAAAUAUGGUGUGAUGUUGAAGCUACAUGAUGUACAACUCCAAGUCUGUCUAUGUAUGCCACAUUUUUUGUUGAUGUUGUAGAAACAGGAGAAAGCGAGCUACAUAUUGUAGGAACUUAUAGCGAAAACGAUUACAGCAACAUCUCAUUGUUGACAUGUCUGACGGUGUAACCGACGAACAAGGCCUGUUGAGGGAUUUGCCUUUGUGUCAUGCUGUAACACCACACAGUUCAGAUGUAUUGAUCUGUUAAUAUGUGCUGUAUUGAUCACCGUGGCACCAAAUUACUAUACUUUUGAUUGUAAAUUGAUUACAUUUCUGGUGCUAUUAUCUCUCAGAUAUUCUCCCCCACCCCCAAAAAAAACUUGCUGACUGUACAUGUCAGAUAAUGCUGAUUUGAAGAUUUUCUAAUAAUUCGAAUUCUUGUCAUUUAGUGGUGAAUUAAUGGAAUUGUAAACUUAACGCAUGUUUGAGAUCAGUAGUAUAUUUGCACCUCUGUCGAGAAACACGUUAACUCCAAUGUAUUUCAGCAUGGGCCACAGAGAGAAGUCGUUUUUUCAAACCAUAUCUUUCUCAGCUAUUCGCAAAUGUUGCUGUUUUAGCAGGCUGCUAAAGUGUUAGUUUGUCAUUAUUGGAUUUGCGAUGGUGACACAGUGACAUUUAGCCAUUGGAAUAGGGCAAAUAUUGUCAUCUUACCAUGAUGCUGUUGAUGUUUCUACAUAUUUGACAGUGUUUAUUUGCUGCAACUGUUUCUACUCAGAAAGACAUCGUCAUGUAUCAUCUUGACUGCUUGUUGAUCCUCUUCAUAUCGUCUUACCUGUUAUUAUCUAUUAUUAUUAUGUUAUUAUCACUCACUCUCCUGUUUGAUCCCUUUCCCACCACUAAGAGAUGGAAUUGAUUCACCGUCAAACCGUAAAAUCGAGGUCAUGGUCACUAAACCGUGGAGACAAUAAAGCAUGAACCUCUCCAUACAAACCUUUUAUCAACAUGUGUUCAUGUUAAAGCUGUGCUUUAGAGAAGCAUGCGCUUAUAGAAAUGCACACAGAGUAUGCACAGCUUUAAUCUACAGUACAGACCUGCGUUGUUACGGCAUCAGCAGGGAUACGAGAGCUGCUUGUAUCUCCAGGUAAACUUGUGCCAACUUACUGUAGCUACAUUUGAGCUUACACAGGUGGUGUUACUGUCAUAUUUGAUCUCCUCUUACCCAGUUUGGUUGGCAAUACUGACUGUAUCCCUCCUCACGUCCUCACAAACCUGUGGCAUUCUCUCCACCAGGCACAGAAGCCUCCAGGCACAUCGCACAGGGCAAGGGGAAAAGGCUUUCUCAUACAGAUAUUAUUCGUACGACUGUCAAAGUCAUUGUUGCUACUGCUACUACCAUGCCAUUGGGUUAUGGUAUCGCUGCCAGGGUGCUAACCUAAACCAAAUGUCAAAUACAGUGCCCAGCCAGUUUCUAUAGCCUCACUGUACUUUUAAUGGGGGCAAAGGCGCCUCGGUUUUUAGUGCUUGUGUUGGGUUUGAUAUAGGGACAGAGCUGGUGUGAUGAGAAUAGCCAGGCUAUGGAGAAGGAACUAAGAGAGCACAAACCUGUACAGUAUAGUAUAAUCAGCUGCAUAUUGUCUGUGGGGAGCUGUUCAGUCACAUCUGUCUGUCUGUUUGUCUGCCUGUCUGUCUGUCGGUCUAUACGUCUGUCUGUCUAUAUGUCUAUCCGUCUAUAUAUGUCUGUAUGUGUAUCUGUCUGUAUAUAUGUCUGUCUGGCUAUAUGUCUGCUGUGGUCAGUGCCACUGCCUGCCCAAGUGUCCCACAAUCAAAUUCAGGUCAAUAUGAAAUGAUUUUAAGAGAUUUUAGAUCAUUUUUCCCAUCAGGGAUCACUUGUAUGUGUCCACAAAUGUGUGUUCUCUAUGAUACAGUAUCUGUAGUUGGUCGUGAUGGUUGGUCGUGAUUCACAUGUGUAUACAUAUGUAUAAUACUGUAUGUAUGUGUAUAUGUGUAUAAAGACAGACUAGAUAUUUUUUAGUGGUUUGUAUUGUUUUAGAAGUCAUUGUGCCACGCUGAUUAAAGGCAAAAGACGACAACAACAAUGUUAAUAAACUAGCUCUAGUAAUUAAA